AUGGAUGUCGUGCUCGAUGUCCUCGACACAUUCGUCCUCGAUCGAGUGUACGCCUCAGUCUUGCCAGGUGGAAAUAAUAGUACCUCGGAUUUCGAUACUUCGUUUCUUCUGAACCAACAUGUUGGCCGUUACUACCCUCUUCAACCCUCACAAUGGGCGACCGCCAGUCGCUGGAAGCGCGAUGACCUGCCGAGACAAGCUACCUCGCUGUUGUUUAUCACAUGGCUCUUCGGUCUAGCCAUAUACUUCAUCGGCAGCACCAUCUUUUACCACACAUGGUGGGACAAAUCCCUGCUCAAACAUCCACGGUUCCUGAAGAACCAAGUCCGUCUGGAAAUCGAGCAAGCCCUAUUCUCCAUUCCGAUAAUGGCUAUCCUCACGGUUCCGUUCUUCCUAACCGAGAUUCGCGGCUGGUCCAAGCUGUACGAUUUCGCCAGUGAAGCUCCGUUCCCUGCAUACAACUGGCUUCAGUACCCACUGUUCGUGGCAUUUACAGAUUCCGGGAUCUAUUGGAUUCAUAGAGCGGAGCAUCAUCCUCUGGUAUAUCGGUGGUUGCAUAAGAGACAUCACAAGUGGCUGGUGCCGACACCUUUUGCAAGUUUCGCGUUCAAUCCACUGGACGGGUGGGCGCAGAGUCUCCCGUACCACGUCUAUCCGAUACUGUUCCCAUUGCAGAAGGGUGCAUAUCUGGGAUUGUUUGUUUUCGUCACACUGUGGACGGUUCUGAUCCACGACGCCGACUGUCUUUCCCAUUCUGCUGUCAUCAAUGGCCCUGAAUGCCACACCCUGCACCACUUGUACUUCAACUAUAACUAUGGGCAGUUCACAACGUUCUGGGAUCGCGUUGGAGGAACCUAUCGGAAAGCCCGCGGCGACGAGUUCAAGACCAUCAAGAGUCAAUAG